AUGGUGCAUUCCAGACUGUCGACGACAACGUAUGGAUGGCCGAUCAAGUAUGCGCGUUCGUUGAAUGAACUCGUUCGCGCUAUUCUCGGAGGAGUCAUUGGACAUCGCAGUGCGUAUCGGCGUGGGGUUUUACACCGCGAUGCCAGUACCGGGAACAUCCUCAUCAGGAGUGAUGCAGAUGGGACCGAUGGUUAUGGAGUACUCAUUGAUUUUGACAACGCUAUCAUGUUCGAAAUGCAUCAACCACUGCUCAAUGAUCCCCCUUCUGGGACUCGGCCCUUUAUGUCUGCAGAGAUAUUGGGGAAUGAGUAUUAUUUCGGUGAGGGCAUCGAUGAACAACCUGAAGUUGGUGUCGUCGCUUCAACAAACGAUAACGACAACAAUACAGAUAAUGAAGAUGAAGAUGAGAACCAUUGCGGCGGUCACGGAUAUGAUCAGGACAAGGACAAAGACGAAGGUGAAAAUGAAGAUGAAGACAAAGACGACUGGGAGGACGAAAACCAUAGUGACGACGAAAGUGAUGUGGAUGAUGAAGACGACAAAAAGUUGGAAGCUGUUCAUGGCCCGCCUCACAGUGUCAUUCACGACCUUGAAGGUUUCUUUUGGGUUCUCCUCUGGGUCUGUAUCUCGAGAAGUGGUCCAGCUAUCCGUCGUAGGCAGCUUAACAACCCCGACCCGUCGUCAAAGUUUCAUCGAGAAUGGUCAGGUCUUUUCGAGGGAGACAAUGUGGUCUACAAAAAGCAACGCGUAAUGAUGCUACCUAGAACGUCAUUCGUAACAUGGCUUACGCCCCUCCUUCCGGAUUAUCAUAAGCCGCUGACGCAUCUCCUAGCUGACUUACGAGAUAUUCUCCAGGAAGCGUACCGAGAGCAUAGGUAUGACGACGUGGAAAACCUAUAUACCGCUUUCAUUACCACGCUUGAACACUACAAGGCCGAUCCGGCGAAGGUGUCGGAUAAAGUACGUUCCAAGUGGAUCCAGGCGCAGCGCGCGGAAGAUCGACGCCGAAGACAAGACGUAGGGAAAUGGGAAGCAUCUCCCGUCGCAGACAGAUCGGCGACUGCAUCGUCGCGCAGGGACCGGCGCCGUGUCAGCGAACCCGAAUCGCCUACCCCAAAACGCCGCAAGAAGCCGUCUGGAAGUGGCCCGCGUCAGGGAUAG